GUACAGCUCGGAAAGGGCACGACCGCAUCCCACAAUGCACCGCGGAACAGCGACUAACAGCUAGCCUUGGUCCAACACGAUUCGCUCGCGGAUCUCGUUUUUGUCAAAUACAUGACGGACUUGGCAAGGCCGAACCGUCGAAUUAUUUGCACCUAGUCCGCGUUGAGAUGAUGUGCGACACCACCAACAGAAGCUUCCGAAUGCAACUGGCGGCCAUCCUGGAGAAGCUAACCAAGACGGCCCUGAUGGAGAUCGGAAACCUGGCGGACGAGUGCUCGUCGGUGCUCCUCGGCGAGAUCUCCUUGCACAAGAGCGAGAACGAGGCCCUGAAGAAGAGAUGCUACUCUUUGGAGCUGCAGCUCAGGGCCGCCCGGGAGGCUCACUACUACCCGGGCCACGUCAACAACAUCGGGCGAAGGAGUUCCGAAGGUCAGGAUGCACAUAAAACGGCCCUCCACCACCAGCAGCAGCGACAGCAGCAAACAGCCGCUCCCGCCAUCGAUGGCGUAUUUGGGAAGGAUUGGUGCAUGGAUCUAUGGAGGGAAGACAAAAGAGCCUCCACUCAAAGGAAAGAGGCAGCCGAGCCCAUUGCUAUGCCAAGCAUGGGAACGCAGGAGUUAGAUAUCAUAGAUGCAGAACCCGAACUCAUCUUCAUCAAGGAGGAAAUGUACGACGAUCAUCCGCUCGGGCAGCAGAUGCAGUUGACAGAUAACAGGAAAGAGGUCGGGCUGCUGGACGCUGAGCUCCACCGCUCCGUAAACGAGCUCCAGCUCCACUCGGAGGUUCUGAACAGCUUCCCGUUGAUGCCUGACGGCCAAGCCCAGCGCACGCAGCCCAACAUCAUGGACAAGCUGAUCGAGGACGCCACAAUGAGCACGCUGCUGGACGCCACGGGCGCUCCCGCGUCGGCCACCGCCGCCGACUACGUAAACUACGCCGGCAACAUCCACGGGGGUGCCGGCAAACAGCUUGCUCUCCUCCCUGCCAAACCCAUGAGACCCAGAAAGCACUUCCAAUGUCUCUUCUGCGGCAAAGUAUUCAACUACCUGAGCAGCCUGAAGGUGCACGUGAGACGGCACUCGGGGGAGAAGCCCUUCAGCUGCACGGUGUGCGGCAAACGCUUCGCCCAGAAGACAUACCUGAAGCUUCACCAGCGUGUGCACUCCGGGGAGAAGCCAUACAGCUGUCCCAACUGCGGACGCAGUUUCUCCCAGAAGAGCUCGCUGAACAUUCACUUUCGAACGCACACGGGCGAGAAGCCGUACAGCUGCGUGGACUGCGGGAAAUGUUACGCCUACAAGUACGGUUUGAACCACCAUCAGUGUUUCACGCACAUGAAGACCACCUAAAUGGGAAGCGCCCAUUGGGCUCUCACAAGUGGCAGCAUGUUAUUUGAUUCUCAGCAUUGUACCAUUUCUUCACCCUAAAACACUUGGGUCAUAUAUAACCCAAUUGUGAGUCAAAAAGGGACCGACUGCCUCCUGGGUCAAAUGGAUUCAACUUUUUGGGUUAUUCAUCUAACCCACAAAUUUGGGUCAAAUGAAUAACCCACCAAAUUGUUUGUCAAAUAAAUGACCCAAAAAUUGUUUUGCGGGUUAUUCAAUUGGACCCAACUUUUUGGGAUUAAAUAGAUGACCCACAGAGUUGGGUCAAAUAAAUAACCCAAAAACUGACCCAGGUGGAGUCGGUCCCUGUUAGGCCCAUUAUUGGAUUAUGUUUUUAGUGUUUGCAGUGUGGGCGUAAUACUCCUUUGUACUUAAUUAACUUUGUGCUAAAUGAAGCUUGAGAAACAGUUUAAAUGUCACGAAAGAAACAAGUGGAGAAAGUGUUAAAGUUUUGUGCUCUAAAGGGGAAGUCAAGUCAGAAAUGUUCGUUUUAUUGCGUUUGCGUGUAUGAAAUCUCAGGCGGCGGCCAUUUUGCAUUGUACCGCCACUUGCUGUCAACUGAAAAUGACAUCACAGUGCCUAAGGGGUCACAUGACCAAACACCGAUAACAACUAUGAUGUCAUUUUCAGUCGACAGCCUGUGGCAAAAUGGCCGCCCUUUGAAAUGGAUAAAAAGUGGGUGCAUUUCUCUGCUUAAAAUUCACAUUCCACAAACGCAAAAUUAAUCAGUAUGCCGUGUUUAGACUGGUGGGGCCGCAUAGAACGUAUUGUGAAGAAAAUGUUUGACUUCCCCUUUAACUUCUUUGAUUUGCCUUUGAGAAGGUUUACUUAUUUUUUGGAAUGCAGGAGAAAAAUCCACGCAGGACGCAUCGCGGUCAUCUUACAAUAGAUCGACCUUGCAGUUCUGCGUAGAAUUUCUCUGUUUUAUGGCACUUAGUGUGAAUACCUCAUUGAAACGCUGACCUCAUCCGUAUCGCAUGUUGUCAUGUUUGCUGUGCAUAAAUACCUCCUUCAAGGCCAGAGUCAACGGUCUAAUCAAGUCAAAGUUGGAAUACUGUAAUCCGUUAAUGUGCCGAUGUGUAGCGUACACCUUCAACUACCUCAUCACAACAGUCAAUGUAGACUUUUUUUUUAAAACUACACAGUGUGCCCUUUCAUUUCAAAAACCUCUUUGACUAUAUGAGGAACAUUAUAGGUUUCAAAGAUUUUCAAAAUAUGGGUGAUCGUUGUUUUCCCCCCUUCCUAUUGAUUAUAGUGUUGUUUCCUUUGUGGGUGGAAUGUAGCAACUCGCAGCACUGAUUUGCCAUCGUUGCUCGGUAAUCAAAAUGAUUUACAUCACAACGGUGUGGUUGAACAUGCUGAAAUAAUAAAACAGAAAAAAAGAAUAUAUGGGCACAAUGGAGAUACAGGUGUCAAAGACCGUAGUUGAAUUCAGAAAGUGAAACUUGGGUUAUAUACAUUCGCUACACACUGUUGUUGAUAUUUUUGUAUUAUUGAAUGAACGCACCAAACUCAGCAUUUCAAGCUAUUAGAACACUUCGUUCAAACGAUUUGAUUAGAAUAGAAAUGAGAAGUCGAGUGUAAAAUAUUUUUCUGUUCAAUGAAUGGACUGAAUGUGAGUUUCACUUUCUGAAUUGAACGAGUGAAUGAAAUGAAAUACCAGAUUCAAAUUUAGUGGUAUGCGCAGCACGCCUGUGAAGAAAUAUUCAAGGUCCCAGGGGCCAUUUUUGUUUGAUAAACAUGCUAAAACCUGUCUAAUAGAUGUCAGAAAAGACAAAUGACACUAUGAAAAAAAAAAAGCCUGUUUGUCCCCCCCCCCCGUAAAAGUUCCAAUUUUGCUUGUUGUGUUUGCCAAAAGAAAUUACAGAUUUGCUUCGUGCUUGCAUGUCCUAACAAAACCGCCCUCCAACCCCAAAUGUUUAAAGUAUGUGCAACGUGCAUUCUUUAAUUCAGAACAAACUCGCACACUCGGGCGGUAUUUUUGAGGGAUGUUUUAUUUAAUAAUAAACUUCUUGACUCCCGA